AUGUCCAACAUAUUUGCAGGGGGGAGAUUCUUCUUAUCCCGCGCUAUCCCACAACGGACGCAACUAAAAGAAACGAUUGAGAACCAUGGCGGCAAGGUUGUCCUGCUGGAGAAAGAUGCCGAUAUCAUUCUGGUGGAUCAUUUGAGAAAAUCCCAAACCCACCCUCCUAAUGCGCUAUCCUAUCGGUAUGUGGAGCAAUCUGUUCGUCAUGGAAAGUUGGAAGACCCUGCACCUCAUCGGGUCGGUCCAGCAGCGCCGCGUCCGAUGGGCGCAUCCAACAUUCCUACGAAGCGCACCAGGAGAAGCUACACCCUACAAGACGAUCAGAUCGUUUUUGACUGGCUGUAUCCCUGGGAACAGUCAAAAGGCGCGCCAACACAUGGCAACAGGAUAUACAAGGAUCUAGCCGAGCGAUUCCCACAUCAUACAUGGCAAUCAUGGCGAACUCGAUAUCUGAAAAAUCUACGCGGAAAGCCACGUCCAGGAGGAGGUGAACCAAGACCUGACCUCGUCUAUGGGGGUGCUGAAGCAGUACCCAGAGCUGGACCACAAUCGCAGGCUCCUGAAUGGCCUGUCGAAUCCCCAGUCCCAGCUGCGCCUCCUACACAACAUCUACAACCUCAACAACCUGCAUCAGGGCCCAGCAAACAGCCCAGUCCUCUGCCAAGUUCCAGUAGGAAACGUGGGCCACCUUCUGAUUCCACCCGCUCCCCUGAAGGAACGAAGAUAGCAAAGAGAAGGCUGGUAGAGGUGCCAGAAAAAGCUCCUUCUGCCACGCGAACCUCUCCUGAUCAACCUCCGGAUGCCGCUACACGGCCCCCCCAAACACCGCCUCGUGAACCACAUUGUCCACGCCCAGACACAUCCCCCUCUAAUCUACAGCCUACCCGCCCUCAGCAUCCAUCAAUACCUGCACAACCAACUAUCCCUGAGCAAACAAAUGAAAUCCCUGAGAAAACCGUGGACCCCCUAUUCCAACACCUGCCAUUCUUCCCGUCAAGUUCAGAACCAGACACCGAAGACGACGAAGACGAUGACGAAGAUGAAGAGGACAGCGAUCCAGACGACUACCCGGACAUAAGCAGCUGGGUCAACGCACAAGCGGCGCGAGGCGCUGAGGUAGCAACCGUUCUGGACGCUCUACGCUAUACGAGCAUGGAACCUGUUCUAGCAAAGAAACUGCUCAAGAUUCUAAAAGCUGGCGAUCCGGUUCCUGAGAACAUGCGUGGAGUAUGGACGGAGGAGGACGAUCGAUGCGUGGAAAGUCAGGAUGCCCGCGACGUUGAACGAGUGACUACAAAGCAUGGCGAUAGGCUCUUUCAAGCGCGGUGGGAGUACCUCGAAAUGGCUCGAGAAAGGGGUUUGAUUCAAUAA